UUAACAAUGGAACCAUCAAAAGAAUAUCUGUUAAAAUACAAAGGGUUUUAUUUUGUUGCAAGUUAUACUUCUCUUGAGUAUGUAGCUUCCCUGGAGGAUUUUGAAAUCAAAGACAGCGACACAUUUAUAGCUACUUACCCAAAAUCAGGAACUGUGUGGACUCAGAACAUUUUGAGCUUAAUAAUUCAUGAAGGCCACCGUAAUGGAACAGAAAAUGUGGAGAUCAUGAAGAGAAUCCCAUGGCUGGAAUAUAAAAUGGGAGAUGAGGAUUAUGCAAAUCUUCCUUUGCCUCGUGUUUUUGCCACCCACCUGCCUCACUACUUAGUUCCAAGAGACCUGAGAAAAAAAAGAGGACGUAUUAUUUAUGUUACCAGGAACCCUAAGGAUGUCAUGGUUUCUUACUACCACUUCUCCAAAUUCAUGUCCACACUAGAGGAAGUACCAGAUUUUAACCUUUUUAUGGAGAGAUUUUUAGCUGGCAAAGUAUUUGCCAGUUCGUGGCUGGAUCACGUUGAAGGCUGGUACAGUCAUGCAGAGGAUUUCAAUAUACUCUUCCUUACCUAUGAAGAAAUGAAAAAGGAUCUCAGAAGCGCUGUGCUGAAGAUCUGCAACUUCCUAGGCAAGAAGCUGAGCGAAGAAGAACUGGACAGUGUUGUGAGACAGGCUACAUUUGAGAACAUGAGAAGAGAUCCCAGGGCAAACUACGAGAACUUGCCAGACAGCAUGGCAGCAAAAGACAAGGGCAGCUUUCUACGAAAAGGCACUGUUGGAGACUGGAAAAACAUCAUGACAGUGGCACAGAGUGAAAGGUUUGACGAAGUUCUUCAGGAGAAAAUGAGGACCCUGCCCAUCAAAUUCAUCUGGGAUAUUAAUGAUGAAAUGUAGGCUGGUUAUGAGUUUC